AUGCCCGCCAUGCUAGAACCUUUGAUCCUAGGGAUGGAUUUUCUCGCUUCCAUCGGCACCACCCUCCGAUGUGGUACGGCAAGCCUCACGCUGUCUCGGCGAAGGCCAAGAGAUGAUGAGCCGACCAGGCGUAACGGACCGAAAUACGACAACCAAGGCAACCACUCGGAACCACCACCUCGACCCCGACCACGACGACCACUCAGCCACAAAACUACUCCCAGGACAUCGAGUACACCAUCAACGGAACCGCGACUUGGCAUAGCCAAUCAUGACUUAGGACCACAGGAUGACAAUGGUGCCAAUGUGCCCGAAGAGAACACCGAGGAAAACACAGAGAACACCGAGGAAAACACAGAGAACAACGAAGAAAACACAGAGAACAACGAGGAAAACACAAAGACCAACGAGGAGAACCACGAAGCCAGAAUAUCAACAGAGAACAACAAGGACGGAACGACAGCAGAGAACACUUGA